UCAUUAAACACAAAAGCUCUCCAGCGCUGCGGUCCAAUAUAGCGCAUGCGCCCUGCCCGAGGACUGGCAGGGAGACGGCAAUAUGGCGAGAAUGCCUGGCAGCGGCGGCGCCGGCGGAGACUGGAGCACCGGGGGCGGUAGCAGUGGUGGCGGUGCAGGUGGUGAGAACAAUGCGGGGGACCGGCAGCCCAGCCGGGGUGGCCCCCACCGGCCCCUCCACUAUUGCAGCGCGGGAGAGGACGAGGACGGGGAGGACGAGGAUGAGAUACAGGAGGUGCAGAUAACGGGGGACGAGGAGGGCGCCGAUGGGGGAAUCCUGCUGCUGGACGACGACGAGGAAGAGGAAGAGGAUGUGAUGAUGGGACUCGCGUGGGACCCUGAGGAGGUGCCGGGCCAUAUGAUUCGUAUGGACCAGGGCACCAGGGCGCUGCUGAAUACAGCUACAGCUGCUGUUUGCAGCGUCAGGGGCCGCCUCGGAGGGGUCAGGAGAGGGGGUACAGGGGCCAUCGGGGCCGCUGCAGGUGGCGCCCCUUCCGUGCCAGUUAGCGCCCGUGGUACGGCCGCUUCGAUCGCUAGCAACGCGGUGGCGCCUCUUGCCGCUGAGGACUCGGACCCGGAGGCGGAGUUGCUCCUGCAGCGCCCCGAGCGGGCUCGGCUGAGCGAGAACACGCGCUUGGCCACCCGGUACGCGGUGCGCAUCUUCCGCGAGUACCUGAGCGAGAAGGCUCAAAGCCCCGACUUCGAAACCAUGGACAAGGGGGCGCUGUGCCGCGUGUUGCGCUCUUUCUACGCCGAGGCGCGCUCCAAGAGCGGGCAGCUCUACUCCAAGUCGUCGCUCAUUAGCAUCCGCAGCUCGCUCAACCGCUACCUCAACGAGCCUCCUUACUGCCGCACCCUCGACCUCACCAAGGACCCGGAGCUGCGCGCCGCUAACCUGACCCUGGCCGCCGUCAUCCGGAAGCUGGAAGAGCAAGGCGCUGGCCCGGUGGUGCAAAAGCAAGCCAUCACGCGCGCUGACCUGCGGAAGCUCUACACCUGCAACGUGUUCAGCACGCAGAGCCCCUUCGGGCUCCUGAACAAGGUCUGGUUCGAGACGUGCAUGUACUUCUGCACGCGGGGCCGCGAGAACCAGCGCGAGCUCGAGGAGGACUCCUUCGGGUUGGCCAUGGACGAGGACGGGCGCAAGUUCGUCUAUUUUAAGGCCCUAGGACCGUAUCAUAAGUCGCGCUCGUCGUCUUGGAGCAAGAAGCGCGCGGAGAGCAGCGACGAAGAGAAUUUGCCGCGUAUGUACGAAACCGGCACGGAGUUCUGCCCUUACGCCAGUUUCGUCAAGUAUUUGGCGAAGCGCAACCCGCUCUGUAAGGCAUUUUUUCAGCGCCCGCGGGACCACUGCAGUGAGGGCGACGUCACCUGGUAUGAGAACAAGGCCAUCGGCAAGAAUCUGCUGGGCACCCGUAUGCAGAUGCUGUCCAAGGCAGCCAAGCUUUCCAAGACUUACACCAACCACUGCAUCGGCGCCGUCUCCAUCGCCACCCUCAACAGUAUCGCCGGCAUUGGCACCAAGCUGACUUCGGGGGCCGCCGGGGGAGGUCUCUACAGCCUCAACGGCAGAGCCCGCCUCCCGCCCGUUCCCGCCAACAACACUUACAUUCUCCCCAAAGACGGCGACAGCCAUCCCAGCGUGAAGGCCGAAGCGGCUGCCGUCCUGGUGCCGACCAAGCGCUCCCAUGAGGCCAUGUAUGCUGCCGGGGGCGGGGCCGCAGUGGGGGGAGACGCCUGUGGCCCUUCUUCGUCCCCCAAAAGACUCUGCAUGAGGCCUGCCGAGCCUCUCGACACUGCCGCCGUGGUGGUGGUUUCGGUGAAACACGACCCCUUGCCUCUCCUCAUCCCUGAAGCCAACGGGCCGAGGAGCAGCAACUCUCCCACAGUCAUUUCACCUGCAAUGGUUUCCCCCACACAGGACAGUCGGCCCAAUAUGUCAAGACCUCUGAUCACUAGGUCCCCUGCAUCUCCUUUGAACAAUCAAGGCAUCCCCACACCAGCACAGCUCACAAAAUCCAAUGCACCGGUUCAUAUUGACGUGGGUGGGCACAUGUAUACCAGCAGCUUGGCCACACUAACUAAAUAUCCUGAUUCAAGAAUUGGGAGGCUAUUUGAUGGCACAGAGCCAAUUGUUUUGGAUAGCCUGAAGCAGCACUACUUCAUCGACAGAGAUGGCCAAAUGUUCAGAUAUAUUUUGAAUUUUCUACGAACUUCAAAACUACUCAUACCGGAUGAUUUCAAGGAUUACAGUUUGUUAUAUGAAGAAGCAAAGUAUUUUCAGCUUCAGCCCAUGCUAGGGGAAAUGGAAAGAUGGAAACAGGAUCGGGAGACAGGCCGGUUUUCGAAAUCUUGUGAGUGCUUGGUUGUACGUGUUGCUCCGGAUCUUGGAGAAAGAAUUACUUUAAGUGGAGAUAAGUCUUUAAUAGAAGAGGUUUUCCCAGAAAUUGGUGACGUGAUGUGCAAUUCAGUCAAUGCAGGUUGGAAUCAUGACUCAACACAUGUCAUCAGAUUUCCUUUAAAUGGAUAUUGUCAUCUCAAUUCAGUUCAGGUACUUGAGAGAUUGCAACAAAGAGGGUUUGAAAUUGUUGGCUCAUGUGGAGGAGGAGUAGACUCUUCCCAAUUCAGUGAAUAUGUACUUAAGCGAGAACUCAGAAGGACAUCUCGUUCAUCCUCUGUCAUUCGAAUAAAGCAAGAACCUCUGGACUAAGGACACUUUUUCUUAUGCAACAAAAGGGGAACCUUUUUCAUGUGCAGUUGGGACACCAAAACAGCUUUAGAAUGAAAAGUUGAAUAAAGACAUGUUUAUAUCAAAUAUAGAGACCAUGCUUGUAUUCGAAUGGGAGCAUUUGGAAUAGUAAUAAUAACUUCAAGGUGUAAAAUAUGUAUAUGUGAAACAUUACAUUUGCAAAAGAAAAUAAAAAUGGGUAAGUGAGGUUGGUGCUGUGAUGGCCAUUAAGUCUCCUGGGCCUUAGUAAGGCCUUAUUGACAGUGAAGAAGCCAUUGCCAUUACUGGAAGCUAACAUCUCUUUUCCAUUUUCCAUUGUUAAAUGGCAAUCUGCUUUUCAGUGUAUACACCUUGAAUCAAGUUUACAGAUGUCUGCUUUGGAGGUGACUUAACACAACUCCAGAAGAGUUUCUUCAUUGCAAAAGAAAAGGUCAGAAACAAUUUAAAAUGUAGCUUGUACAGAAGUCAUACACUUCUGUCCACCUGACAGAUGUGAACAUUUUUUCCCUCUCUCUCUAAAAUUUAAAGGAUCUAGAAUUUUUUAUUAUGUAGUAGAGUGGCCCUGGUUUGAGUCUAGUGAAUUCAAAAGUGUUUUUUUUAACUUGAUAAUAUAUGAAGUACAAUAAAUUUUCUUAAAAUGAACUAUUAAAAUCAACACUGAACAACAAAAUAAGGUAAUU